AGAUUCUUUGACCUUCCUCUGCUAGGUCAAAGAAUCUGUGUCGGCUUUUAUACGUCAUCUGUCCGCGACACGUUACUGACUGUUGCUUUACUAACACGUGUGUAGACCGGUUUUGCUAACAAACAAGAUAAACCUCAAAACCAUUUUCAGUAAAGUGAAUCACAACUGUCCCAUGAGUUUUGUGGAGUACUCUGAGCUCAUUCAGGAAGGAGAUGUGGUCAUCAUCUUUCUUGGGCAUGAUUCUAUGAUGCCCGUCAAAGUGGAAUCUGGUGCUCAGACACAGACCCGCUAUGGAGCCAUUCGGCACUCCACUGACUUAAUCGGUCGACGGUUUGGUUCAAAAGUAACAUGUAGUAAGGGUGGAUGGGUGUAUGUUCUGCAUCCCACUCCUGAGCUAUGGACUGUGAAUCUGCCUCACCGAACCCAAAUCCUUUACACAACAGACAUCGCCAACAUCAUCUUGAUGCUGGACCUCAAACCAGGCUCUGUUGUUUGUGAAUCAGGCACUGGGAGCGGUUCACUUUCCCACGCCAUUCUCCGCACCAUCGCGCCCAAUGGCCACCUGCACACAGUCGAGUUCCAUGCCCAACGGGCAGAAAAGGCUGCACAAGAGUUCAGAGAUCACAAAGUGGGCCAUCUAGUGACAGUCCGAAAUCAGGAUGUGUGCAAAGAUGGCUUUGGUGUUCUGGGGGUAGCUGAUGCUGUAUUUCUGGACAUCCCGUCACCCUGGGAGGCCAUCAUACAUGCCAAGAAAGCAUUUAAACUCAGGGGAGGUCGUUUGUGCUCGUUCUCUCCAUGUAUCGAGCAGGUCCAGAAGACAUGUGAAACACUGCUGGAUCAUGGCUUUGAGGAGAUCUGUACACUGGAGGUUCUGCAGAGAGUACACGAUGUCCGAUCUGUCACUCUGCCCUUACCAGACUUUGGGCCGGAGGAGGGAGAAAAAGAUCCACGUACCAAGAUAGCCUCUGACCCUGCUCAAGAGGAAGUUCCACAUGCAACAAAUCCCAGCUACUCUUCAGUGAUCUGCAAGACUGCCACACCAUCUAGAGAGAUGGCUGGACACACGGGAUACCUCACUUUUGCUACAAAACCACGGGACUAGAAUACUACAGGAAUCCCAAGAGCUGGAUAAAGUCUCUCAGUAAAUAUGAACAUGUCUUUAUAUUAAGAUUGAGUUUGGGUACAUGGAUGUUUUUACAUACUAAACCAUAUACUCCAUAUUUUUUUAUUACUCUACUUUGUGUAAGAGCAUUUAAUUUCUUUCAAAGUAUGACAAUAAAUUGUAAUUAUGGUAGGAUUUUUUUGUUACAAUAAAAUUUAAAAUAACCUAAAUUGUUUUUCUUUACUGUGCAUAUCACCGCACACUGCUGAGGCAUUUACCAUGUACACAUGUUAGGUCCUAUUUAUAUGAAAAUGCAAGACCCUCGAAUUGUUGAAUGGAAUGGCAAAAUAUAAGGAAUGGAGAAAUGUAGAGUAUUUUUCAUUCUGUUUGUUGACGUUAAUUGAGUUUCUGGCUGAACAAGUUCUUUAUGCUAAUAGUUGUGUUCUAUUGAUUAUCUGCAUAUUAAAUGAAAAAGAAACUGA